CCACCGCGCCCCGCCCCCUUGCCUUACGGGCUCGCUCCCGUGAGGGGCGACGGAGGCGCGCUUGCUCCGUGAGCGGCGAGUGCGCAGGCGCUUUCGGUGGUUCUUUGGGGCGCCAAUUCCGGACGCUGGUGGCUGGCUACUUCUCCACAGACAUUCGAUUUUUCACUGUGUGGAAGCAGAACAUCCUUUACUAUCCUCUCAAGCUGCUAAUUGCAGAGAUGGUGAUAUUGCUUUGAACAAGGAGACAAGUGACGGACUUAGCAGGAAGUAUUGUGGCCCUGGCUUUUGUCUUCCUCCCUGAAUUUGAAGAACUAUGGAAAACUGGUACUGGAUGACACUUGUGGUCUUAAUAGGACUCACAGUGCGGUGGACGGUUUCUCUUAAUCCUUACUCAGGUGCCGGAAAACCCCCUAUGUUUGGUGAUUAUGAAGCUCAGAGACAUUGGCAAGAAAUUACCUUUAAUUUACCAGUAAAAGACUGGUAUUUUAACAGUAGUGAUAACAACUUACAGUACUGGGGAUUGGAUUAUCCACCUCUCACGGCCUAUCAUAGUCUCUUAUGUGCAUAUGUGGCAGAGUUUAUAAAUCCCGACUGGGUUGCUCUGCACACAUCACGUGGAUAUGAGAGUCAAGCACACAAGCUCUUCAUGCGUACCACAGUUUUAGUUGCUGAUUUGUUCAUUUACAUCCCUGCGGUGCUUUUGUACUGUUAUUCCUUAAAGGAAAUCUCACCUAAGAGAAAGAUGGCUGUUGCAUUAUGCAUAUUGCUGUAUCCAGGUCUUAUUCUUAUCGACUAUGGACAUUUUCAAUAUAAUUCUGUGAGUCUUGGCUUUGCUUUGUGGGGUGUUCUUGGAGUAUCUUAUGACUGGGACCUGCUAGGGUCAUUGGCAUUUUGCUUAGCUCUAAAUUAUAAACAGAUGGAGCUCUACCAUUCUCUGCCAUUUUUUUGCUUUUUACUUGGCAAGUGUUUUAAAAAAGGCCUCAAAGGAAAGGGGUUUGUGUUGUUGAUGAAGAUAGCCUGUACUGUCUUGGCUUCCUUCCUUCUGUGUUGGUUGCCCUUCUUUACGGAAAGGGAACACGCGCUACAGGUUCUAAGAAGACUCUUCCCUGUUGAUCGUGGAUUGUUUGAGGAUAAAGUAGCCAAUAUUUGGUGCAGCGUUAAUGUGUUUCUGAAGAUUAAGGAAAUUUUGCCUCGUCACAUCCAGCUAGCAAUCAGCUUUUGCCUUACAUUUUUGAGCUUGCUUCCUGCAUGUAUAAAAUUGACCCUUCAGCCCUCUUCCAAAGGAUUCAGAUUUACUCUGGUUAGCUGUGCACUAUCAUUCUUUCUGUUUUCUUUCCAAGUACAUGAAAAGUCCAUUCUCUUGGUGUCAUUACCAGUUUGCUUAGUUUUAAAUGAAAUUCCUUUCAUGUCAACUUGGUUUUUACUAGUGUCAACAUUUAGCAUGCUCCCUCUUCUAUUGAAGGAUGAACUCCUAAUGCCCUCAGUUGUGACAGUGAUGGCGUUUUUAGUAGUUUGUGUCACUUCCUUUCCACUGUGUGAGAGCACUUCUGAGGAACAACUGCAGCUGACGCCCUUUGCUGUUUCUGUCAGGAGGCGUCUUCCAGGCUUUACGUUUCUUCCCAGAAUUAUACAGUAUUUGUUUCUUUCUUCAGUCAUCACGAUGGUUCUUCUGACGAUUUUGAGUGUCACACUGAACCCUCCCCAGAAACUACCAGACUUGUUUUCUGUACUGGUGUGUUCUGUGUCCUGUAUAAACUUCAUUUUCUUCUUGGUGUACUUUAACAUUGUAAUCGUGUGGGAUUCCAAAAAUGGGAGAAAUCGGAAGAAAAUCAAAUAGCUGUUUUCCCAAACAAAUGCAGUCUUUUGAUUUGUAUAAGCAAGCAUACAUCUUUAGAAUCAUGGUGUCAUAGGAAAAGAAAUGGUCAAUGCCUAUUGUUAUCUAUACAAAUUGUGUAUGGACCAAAGCAUUUGUUAUUUUAUAUAUUUUUUUGUUAAAGCAUUCUGUAAUUUUGUUAAUAUUCUCAGAUAUUUAAAUGAUAAGAGAAAAAAAGUGUCCCAACUGGUUGUGGUAGCUCACAUCUAUAAUUAGUGGCAGGAGGACCUUGGUUCAAGGUCAUCCUUGUUUACAUAGAAAGUUUGAGGCUAGCCUGGGUUACAUGAGACUCCUGUCUCAACAAAAAAGGGAAAGAAAAAAAAUGUCCUUAAUGCCAAUGUCUGAUAAUGGAAUAUAUUCUAAAGAUUAUGGUUUUUAAAAAUUGCAAAUAUAGUGACUUUGUUUAAGAAUUAAGCUUCUGUCUUGUUGGAGUAAUAAGUAAUAAACAUCUUAUUUAAAGAUGUAUCUCAGGGAAUUAACUUUUUUUUCAAUUACUGAGAAGGUGUAUUAUACUGCUUGAAAUUUGAAUAUGCACUAUUACAUAUGCAAAACUGGCAGCCAAUAGAUAUUCUUGUUUCCAAGAAUGUUGUAUCACUUGAUUCCAUUUUUUAAAAAAAACUUUAUUGAAUGUGAUCAUGCCUUCUGUUGGCUUUGUCCUAUAGAUUUGGUUUGCCCUUCCCCUGUGCUUAUUCUUGUCUCAACUGGCAAAAAUCAUGUAUUAUGUUUCACUUUCUCAUGGAAAUCUGUUUUAGUCUCAGAUAAAAAUUAAAGUCACUUUACCACUAGUC